AUGAAACUCACUGAUAUAUGUCCUAAUUAUUCUCCAAAUGCUAAUCACGGUACUCCAUCGGGUUCCUGGUGUUGUAUUGCAUCUGCUGAUGUAAAUUUCCUUCCACAAAUCAAUCUUUCAAAGCGGUCACUCGGGAAAAUAAUAUUCGACAUAAGCGAGAACAGUCUACACUCAGAGAAGGAAGCAGGGCACAAUCUUGCUGGAAACUUCAUACACAUCCUUCUAAAGGAGCUUCUCCAAUGUGAUUCAAUGCUAACAAAUGGUAACCUGAACUCAACUCGGACCAAUGGAAUCAACCAGUCUACAAAGAACCACAGUAGCACUUCCAUACAAAAAGAGUUUCACCAGUCCAAUGACGACAGAAAUAUACAGGAAGAUAGCAAUACCCCUAAGAGACCUAGUGGGUUCCCAGCUGACCUCAUUAAGAGUGGGUUUGAAAUGAAAUGUUAAACUUGUGCCAUUGUUCAAUUUUGUGAUUGUAAUAGUUUUACUGCAUUAUCAUUAUAAAAUAAUUACCCAGGGUAGCCACUUCAGUUAGGUAACUGCUCUACCAGCGGGCCCAGUAUAACUAUCACCCUUCUCCAAUCUAAAUGCUGAGCGCCUAGCAAGAAGGCAGAAGGUCCCAUUUUUUAUAAGUCUUAAGUAUGACUCGGCCGAAGAUCGAACCCAUGACCUACCAUUCAUGAGGCGGACAAUCUAAUGAUGAUAAUAAUAUGGACCAUUCAUAUAGUGCAGCUACUAUCCCCCCCCCCCUCCAGAAAAAAAAAACCUUUAAAAAUGAUUGACUUUCCAUGAUUUAGUUCAGUAGUUUAGGUUGCCAUUCAAGGACAAAAUUGCAAAUAAGAAAACUUAUUUUACAAAGCCACAUGACCUUAUUUUAGUUUCCCUUGUUUCAACUGAAAAAUUGGUAUGCUUUACCCUUUCUUUUUUAUUAUCAAAAAGCAUUGUUGUGACAUUCUGUAAUUUCUUAGAUGUAUUUCAUUUGUAUCAGUAUGUGUAUGGAUCCAUGCAUUUUAUUUAUAUUAUAAUGACGUGUAUUUUAUGUGAAUAUGAAAAUGAGUGAUUAUACAAAUUAAUUCCAUUUGUCCAAUGGAAAUGAAUAAAAUAUUUUUUUUUUCAUAUAGAUAGAAGGGGUAUAAAAUGAUGUGAUUGAUGAUAUAUCCAUGGCACAUAUUAAUCCCUUUCAAACUAAAAAUGAGAAAAUUGCAUUUUAAGGAAUACAUAUCACACGCGUAUGGAUGAACUCCUUGUUCAAGAUGUAUGAAAAAUUUAACUUUUAAAAUUUGUAACUCCAUUAUUCUUUGAUGGAUUUGCAUCAACCCUUAAUAAAUAUCAAUAAUUUUCUCAAUUUUUGUUCUGCUUUUAUAAAAACAAACCUAUAUAAUCAACAAUUCUGUUCAUACAUCUAUGAAAUGCUAGUUUGCAUGUACCUAAGUUCAACUUUCACAAAAAAAGAUAUGGACCAAAUAAUUCACUGAAAUUCAUCAUAUUCUCAUCUUUUCCUUCACAUUUCAUUACAGAAUUUUUACUCAAUUUUUUUUUUCAAUACAGAAUAAACAUAAUUUCUACUCAGUGAAUGAUUUGGCAUUUUGCACUCCACAAAAAUUUGGUCUUAGUCAACCUCGGUUUAACUUUGCGAAUACCAAGCAUAAAGUUUGUGAGUUUCAAAUUCUCAGAAAGCAGAAAUGGGAUUUCCUCAACUCAAAGAUUUUCACACCUACAUCAAAACAACCAUCAUUAAGUAAUGAAAACUGUUACUUAUUUGAUUAGAAUUCAUAUUUAAAGAUAUAAAAAAAAUCAAGAACACAGUACGAUGAUAUGGUCUACCACAUUUUGAAGGGAUGAAUCCAUCAUUAUCAUCAGGUGGUAAAGUCAGAGCCGUACCAAGUACCUAUUGUCUAUCGGAUGGAAGGCCAAUCACAUCUUAAAGUGAUCAUUUCACUUUGUUCUGAUUUAAAAAAUUCUCAUUUUGGUUCUUGAAAAUGGGCUUAACAUUAGGCUUAUAGUGUAAAAAUACCAUCCCAAAAGUUUCAAAGUAGAGCGUGAUCGGUUCAUCACGGACGGACAUUUGAUAGAUUUUGAAAGUUUUGAAGGCUUGUAACAAAUUAGGAAUAAGAUGAACAAGGUUCCUUUGUAUUUUAUAGUGAAGGGUAGGACAAAGUAUGCUGAAUGAUGAAAAAAAAUUGUUGCCAUGGUUACCUACAAACAUAGGUAUCCACUAAAUGUGCCAUAUCACGGACGGACAUGAUAGAAAUGUGGUUUUUAGAAUUUUUGUACAUUUUUAUUGUUUCUAUCUACACAGCUUAACAUUGACCAAUAAUUGUUAAUGCAACUAACACUCAGGUAUGUUAGCUUCUAUGUUCAGCAUAUUGAAUUCUUAACCAAUAUCAAACUUCUGAGAGAAUUGCAAAUAUUUUCCAUCACGGACGGACAUCUCGGACGGACAUCACGGGCGGACACAAUCAAAAUACAUUGGAAGUACCCUGUAAGAAGUUCUUAAUACUUUUUUGGGGGAACAAAUGCUAUUGUAUUGAUGAUUUGUACAUAUUUUGAUAUUAUUAAACAGUAUUAGUUGCACAAUCAAGUUGCUACAACUUCAAUCAAGUUGCUACAACUUGAUUUAAGAUGUAGCAACUUGAUUUCUAUGCUAGACGCAGAAUAUAAUCUAGAUUCUAGAGUCAUAUGAUUGCUCUUAACACAGUUCUUGUAAAAAAUCGAAUGUAAAGAAUAUUAAUUGUAGAAUACUAGUAGGUUCCAAAUCAACAUCUAGUUGAUCAAUGAUCAUGUUGAUACAAGUAUUUUUAUGAUCAUGGUGAUUUUUAAGCAUUACUCUUCCAAGAGCAAAGAUGUUUUUUUAGGUCCAAAAACUAAAUCGAAAAGAUCGACAGGUUGCUGAUCCUUAUGCUUGUUUGUUGGAUCAAGUAUGACACAACACUUGUCAGAGGUUCUCUUCAAAUUCAUCUUUUGCACAUAUCAAAGUGGAGACACCCCAUAACAUCAACAGCCCUCAUGUAUUUAGGCCCUGACCGAAUCCAAAAUUGAAAUUGAUAUACAUGUACCAAUCCAAAGCUUAUUAAACUUCUAAACACUGCAGUGCAAGCUUUAUGCAUUUUCACAGUUUACCAGAUAAGCAAUUACGUAGCUCCAAAAUGGACUUUGAAAAAAGGUAUUCAUGUAUUUUUCACAAGCCUCAAGACCGUGAUGUCAUGUUCUGUUAGAAGCAUUGUGAAUCCAUAGGUUUGUGCAUGGAAAAAUUGAUUUUUCUGCUUAUCAGAUUAUGCAUUGCAUUUUACUUUCUUCUUUUCCAUCACUUUCUGCAAGCUUGAAUUGAUGAAAUCUACAGCUUUGGACUUGUUCUUGCCAUAUUUUAUUUCCUGCUUUUUUGGCAUAGACAUGUACAUGUAGCUUUUCAACUAUAUCUGCAUUCCAAUGUUUAACAAUUUUUCCUGACAACAAUAUAGCCCCAAUAACAGCCAAACAAAGAUAUCACAAAACAUUGUGAAGAGUUGUAGGUUUAUUCCAUUUGAGUUCUGAAUAAUUCUCAGAGCCACUUUUCGCUGCAAAUGGAAGCUAAAAUUAAAUUCAUAAUCUGCUCAGCAAAGUUUCUCAUUUGCAUACAUGGAUUAUUCCACAGUAUUUGCUUAUAUACUCACUCGUCCGUCCGUGAUCAUUUUUGAUUGAUUUAUGAAGUAUGCAUAAAAUGUAUGGAUUUUAGCUAUGUUCAAAUAAAAUGAUGUACAGUGU